AUGCCUGAAAAGUGGGAUGAAGAAGAUGACAGCUCGACCCCUCCCUCCUCGCCUCCUACUACGGCCGCGGCCACCCGGAGAAAGUUCGACGACGAGGAAGAUGAUAGCGAUGUGCUAGAAAGCUGGGAUGCCGCCGAGGACUCCGAGGUCGAGCGCGAGAAGGCAAAAGUGGCCGCAGAGCGAAAGGCCAAGGCAGAUGCUGAGGCCGCUGCCAACAAGAAAAGCAAGGCCCAGCGCAUCGCAGAGAAGCAGGCCGAGAAGGCGCGCAGACUAGCAGAGGAGGACAGCGAGAGCAGUGAUGAAGACGAGGCCGCGCGACGCGAGCGUCUCCGCCGCACUGAGCAGGAAUCCGACCUGAAGCAUGCUGAGGAUUUAUUCGGCAACAUCGGCAUUAGCAACGCCCGCAAGGUCACCACUGCUGCCAACGCCGUUCAGCUCGAUUCCAAGGACCCUACUGCGACCGUCGACUUGACUGCCCUCCCACUCUUCGAUCCCAAGACCAAGUUGCAAUUCGAGAAACUCCGUGACACCCUCGUCCCAGUCAUCUCCAGCAACUCCAAGAAAGCUCAGUACGUCAUCUUCUUGCAGGAGUUCACCAAGCAGCUCGCCAAGGAACUUCCUAGUGAUCAGAUUAAGAAGAUUGCUAGCACCCUCACUGCUCUGGGUAACGAAAAGAUGAAGGAGGAGAAGCUUGCUGAGAAGGGAGGCAAGAAGAGCAAGGCUCAGAAGACGAAGGUUGCACUGGUUGCGAGCAGGAACGUCUCCGCUACCGCCGAUACACAGGCCUACGACGACGAGUUUGGAGAGUAA